CGUGACGUCACGUUGACGACCCCCCCUCGAGCGAGGCGAAAAACGGCGCAGGAGGUGGCUGGUCGGUCGGGGUUGGUGUCAGGGAUUCCGCAGUUAUGGAUUCCCUUCGCGAGCAAGUGAUGAUUAAUCAGUUCGCUCAGGCAGCCGGAUGCGCGAGGGACCAGGCCAAACAACUACUUCAAGCUGCCCACUGGCAGUUCGAGACGGCGCUCAGCAUUUUCUUCCAAGACGCGGCUGUGCCUGGCUGCCAUCCUGCGGGACACUUUAGCUCGAUGUGCACGCCUGCCAACACACCGGCGACGCCGCCCAACUUUCCGGAGACUCUGAUGUCUCUGUCCAAGCUGUCGGCCGCUACCCCUCCGACGGCGCCCAGCCCAAUGCAGGGCUCCGCGCUGCAGGGCGGCUACCAGGGCUGCAUGGGCGCACCGAGCCAGUACGCUCCGCAGCGGAGCGGCGGAGUGCCCUCCCACUCUUCCCAGGGCCGCUGCUUUCCAGCGAGCACGUCACCUUCCUCGUCCUCCAUGGAAGCUCAACGGUAGAUCGUCCUUCGAUGCGGAGGAAGCAGCCUGUCCCCUCGACGACGCGGAAGAGAACGGGCCUGCGCGGUGCCGACGGGAUGCACGCUCUGCGUGGCUUCGGCACAGUCUGCAAGCACAGCGGAGCGUGUGUCUGGACAUUCGAUCGGCAAUGCUGCAGGCGCGGAGCAGGGUGGGGUUGUGAAUGCAGGGGAUCGGCGUUGAGGUACGGACAUUUGGGAAUGGUAAUCGCUGAAAGUUGAGGUGGUGCGUUUUCAGUUUGGAAGGAGGUCUCUGUGUGUGUGGAAAGCAUGUUGUUUGAAGCCAUGCCCUCCCUCCCAAGGGUCGGCCAGGUUGUGCUGGCUACUGCUCCGUUAGUACCAUCCACUCUCUGGUGGGCUCAAUUAGCGUGGCACUUCGCCGUCUCCAGAUGCUCAGAGACACGUGUUGCCAUAGUCUAAGGCUUUGAGGGGAGAACCAUCUGGCAGAGUAGUGUUUCAGCGCAGUUAUUAUAAACCUUGUCAAUGAACAACAAGCCAAGAGAUAUACUUAGUAAGAACUUGUUGCCAGGCAAGCUGGUCAAUACUUGACGACGUGUCGUCAGACAAAGAUGUCGUCAAACAAAGAGAUGUUGUUUGUGGGUCAUUGGCAAGAUUUACAAUGGCUGUUCCAAAGCUUUCAUUAGGUGCGAUGUUUGAAUUGUACCUUUCAUCAUCUUCCAGUUGUAACCUGAUGAAUUUGUAUCUUUUAGGGGACACUAAUUUAGGGAGCUUGUCAAACUAGGACUUCCCCAUUUUGGUGAUCUGGCGAUGCUCGUUCGUAAUAGUGGCAUUGGAGUUAUUCAAAUAUGGGCUGCGGAUCUACUCUUAGGCUCUCGUAACUUGCAACAUUCUAAAGAGGUCUUGCCAAACCCAGCCCUCAAGUGUCGACGCGGUCAGAAAAAUGUGCUUCAAGAGCCUCUCAGAAGCACCGUUUGUUAACUGCUCGGUACUACGGAUUCCUGUCAAAUCUCUGAAAGUACCUUAAUCAGCCGAGGCACUUCCUACUUAUGUUCAUUUCUGUUGCCUGUCAAUAAAAGCGCGCAGCCUUCUGCAAAUGUGCACCCAGCACGUUGGCAUGCUCACGUCGGGGUAUCCUUGAAAGCACAGUUUUUUUUUUCUUGACAAGACAUGGUAUUCCUUAAGAUCUGAAGCCGAGGAAGUAAUUUGGUUCUGUCCCAGCUACUCUCGCUGGUGGUUGAUGUGGGUAUUGCGAAAGCUACAGCCCAAGCGUAGAAGCAAGGUGUUCCUCCGUAGAUGGCUUUCAUUUGUCAAAUUGAACUCCCUGGUGCAAUGUUCUCAGAAAGCGAGUGUUGCAUUGUCAUCCUCUUGAGCAGUCACAGGCAAUUUAAGACGUUAAAUCGAAAGGACAUGCCAUCGCGCACGCCGUGUACUUUGCAGGCAACCCAUGGAUGCUGUCGACUGCAGAAAUAAAAACGAACCUGCUACAUCCAUAUAAAGCUAAUCUUUUUGUUCAUCAUCCCAUUUGUCAUUCUCAUUACUUGAAGAUUUUAAAAGGAGAAGACCAGACAUGAAGGAUGACGUAUUAGAUAUGGAAGCUAGCGCCGUCUGGAGCGCAUGCGAGAGAGAGUUUGAUGAAAGGUGGCGUGUAGCCGAGAUGCGUGUGCUUGUUUGAAGUUUCGGUAGAAAGCCAGACUCCCCACCCCACCCCCCAUUCUCGUCCCCUAUACCCUUUUUAAAAAAUACGAAAAACUUCAGUUCGUCAUUUUCUAGGAUCUUUUGCUCGGAAAAAGGAGAAAAAAUGACCGUGGCUGCACAACGCCCGGCUUAAUUUCGUGUCCAUCCAUUGCAGCACUCGUGAUGGGUCGGGGACGGCUCUCUAGAUCGGGAAAACGGCAACAGGAGGACGAUGCGCAUUCAUUUUGCCUUCUUUUUUUUUUUGUCCACAUGUGUGCGUGUUUUGUUUCCGGUGUGACAAGAGAACCGUACUCGGUCACUUUACUUUUUGGGGAUACAAUCGCUCUUUUGUGUCUGGCAGCAACGUAGUAUGUGAAACUAUACUGUGACAUGAAUGAUGUCUCUAGAUUGUGCAAAGCAUCGAGGAAGAGGUUGCAUCCCCCAAAGUGAACCAUUUCUCACAUUUCUUAUUUCGUACGCUGAGCAAAUGAAGCCGGCAUCCAUUUUCAACAACAAAAAAAAAAAUGGGCAAGAAGUACUGUUGUGCCUGCGCGGUUUUUUCUUUUGCUUGUUUCACCAGAACGGGAGUGCGCUGUGUUGAUUUGAGCCCUGUUUUGUCGAGAAAUCUUCAACGUAGGGCGAUUAUGUGUGGCAUGCUUUUUCGUCAGUAGUGCAUUGAUUCUUGGGAACAUUCUGAUCAUAGCGUGUGACUGUUAGGACAUUUGCCUUUCAAUAGCCUACUUGCCAAAGUGUGACUGGACUUGUGAUGGAAAGUUGGCUCACAAACGUAAAGCCACUUGCUACCGAGCUGUUAAGCAAAGCCUCCCGAUCGUUGCCACCUUGCAGUGAAACAGGACGAAACACAGUGUCGUUUACAUCUGUCAAGUUGCAAGCCAAGCAGGUAUGACUGGAGUUGUGCUCAUCAAGGGAGAUUCUUUUGUCUGCAUGCUGUGAAUUUCAUUCUUGAGGCUCACAUUUGUUAUUGUCAGCGUAAUUACGUAAUGGUAUUUUGGUGCACAUUAGCAGUGCCUGCUAGCUGUGUUGACUCGAUUAUUUUGUACAGCUGGCAGUAACUUUAUUUAUUAUUCCUUCCUCCUCAAGAUUGUUAGAUUCUCCCAUCGGGCAGUGGUGAAUGCGAACGUCGGCACGUCCACUGCGUUCCUUCAAGUGGCUUUGUUCCACUGGGCUAAAACAGACUUGUCAAAUGAUGGCGUGAUGAAAUUGCCGGAUGCUGGAACGUGUCUGGCGCUGGUGUCAAUGUGGCUUUGUGGAUUUCUUGCGCCGGAUUGUGGUAGCGGCGAAGUUGCAAGUGUCGGGCGUUGCGAGUUCAGUUUGUUUUCUUUUUUUUGACCAAAGGCAUGUCGCAAGGUGGCAAGCAGUUUUUCGCAGAUUUUCCUCACGAUUGCAUUGCGCAUGAAGAGUGUUGGGGGGUCGCUCGCAGUUCGCCUACAGAGUUGCUCACUAGUGCUUCUAUUUUAGUUUUUCCUUUGCCAAUUCCUUAUCGCAUAGCUUUUAUUUUUUUCGCCGAUUGUUGUGUGCCACUCCCGAACCCAGUGGUGUUAUCUAUUCUCCUCUGUGCUAGUGGGAGCUUGUUGUCUUGUGCUGCAUAGGUGUCUUUAGGGAUUCCCCACAGCUCGUUGCAGAUCCAAGAUCACCCAACAGCUCAGUGCAGAUCCAAGGUAACCCAACUGCUCUUGGUGUGCGCAACAGCUCAUUCAUAUUAAAGGUUACCGGACAGCUCUUGCUCUACGCAACAGCUCGUUGAGUAUUGGAUCACCGAACAACUUGUGCAUAUUAAAGGUUACCCGACAGCUCUUGGUAUAUGCAACAGCUCGUUGCAUAUCCAAGGUUACCCAACAGCUCCUGCUAUACUCAACACCUCGUUGCGUAUUUGGAGUUACCCAAAAACUUGUUGCAUAUCCAAGAUUACCCAACAGGUCUUGGUGUACGCGACAGCUCUUGGCAUAUGCAGCAGCUCAUUGCGGAUCCGAAGAUCACCAACAGGUCUUGGUAUACACAAUAGCUCGUUGCUUAUCUAAGAUCACCCAACAGCACUUUGGGUGAUCUUGUUAUGGCCACAUGGGUACAUUACAGCUGCUCAAUGCAUUUCCAAGAGUUCUGCAAUUCGUAAUGUUUACUCCUCCUAAUAAUGCUGCAGCGUGGCUGACACUAUAAAAAUACGCCCUAUCAAGAUCAAAACUCCAAAAAUGCUCUUUUCGGACAUGAAAGGUGUCUGUUUACUGAUGACAUUGUAUUGGAGUAAUCGUAAGACGUCCCCUGUGUUAGAGAGCGGCCUGCAUGUAGUUAUGUCACAAUUGCUUUAAAAUGGAAUUGGGUAUGGCAACUUUAGCAACUGCUUGUCCUUCGGCCGGGGAUUUGUGAAUUCGAGAUACUUGGCAUUAUCGUAAUGACUAACGAUGACAUUCAUGUCUGUACAUCCUGUGCAGUCCUCAAAAGACGACGGCAUAGUGCAACCUGAAGAAUUCUUUUCUGACGAGGCCGCACGAUGUAUAAACUUGGAAAAAGGUAGAGGGGUGCCAUCCGCGUGGUCUACGCGUUGUUGAACUGGUGCCGCGCCUGCACUGACCGGCUAAAGUAGCCACCUCCCCCCUGGCAAAAUGUGCAAUUCUCGUCCCUCCCCCUGUUAACUUCUAUUCUCUUCUCAGUAUUCUGGUGUGCUUAUGUGCCUUGGAGCUCUUGACAACCAUGACUCGCGCAGCUUUUUUGAAGAAACUUGUCGUUGUGUUGCCCGCAAAUCGUCUCUUCAGCUGGGUUUGUUGCGAGGUUUUCGUAACCUUUCUAGGGCAAGUCCAGGUAAAAAAUAUUGUUCAUACUUGGAUGUUUUUUGGAGUAACCAUGGAUUUACUUGCAUGAAUGGAUGUUGCAACAACCAGUGGAUCUAUGUGCGAAGCAAUAUUGUGUGUCUUGAUAUCGACAUAUGUAUAAUGAUAUAUAUAUACGCAUAGUGUACGUAACUUGCGUGAUUCAGUUAUAAAAUAAGUAUAAUUGACCACCACCUCAGUGAUGCAGAUAUUUUAUUGAGCUGAACUCUAUUUUGUGUCCAGUGAAACAUAGUCAUACCCUAUAUAAAAAAAAGGACUGCUACGUGGCAGUUUGACUGUUUUAACCUUUUUUCUGUUUCUAGUUUUUGUUAUUGACUCGAUUAAGAGUCCAUGGUAGGACAAGGGUAUGUUGUGCCGGUACUGACGUAUGCACGCGUGUUCAUUGACUGAAUAAAGUCUUGUCACCAUCAA